GAUCUCCGUCGUUGACUCCCCUCGAUCACCACCCUCCACGGUUUGGACGCGUCAAAGGCAAUAUCCGUUACAGCUCUGCAAUCUGGUUUCAACCUUGAAGCCCUUGAUUUGGAGGGAAAUCUGGAGUGGGGAGGAGGCCAGAAGUUCAGGUCAAACAAGGGUUCGAGGAUUUGGCACUAAAGCUAUCUAUCUGGAUAGGUUAAAAAGAAUCUAGUAGUUGAGCCGAGAGAAGCUAGCUUUGUAAUGUAGGUGGCUUCAGAUUCUGUUUAUGCUGUGUCCAAGUAAUUGCAGAAUAGUGUUUGCUCUUUAGAUUCCUUCCCUGCCUUCCACUCUUCCUCUGUCAACUGUAUUCUUGUUGUACAAACCAUUCGUUUCCUCAUUUUUCAGUGGGGAAUAUUGGAUAUUUAAUAGUUUUUCAUCCCCUUAAGAACCAUUUAGGGUACUUGUUAUUUAUUAUGGUCUUUUAGAUUGCCACAUCCGAGGAGUUGGAAAAUGGCCUUUCAUUCUGAGGAAGAAAAGGCUGAGGAUUAUCUUUUCAAGAUUGUUCUAAUUGGUGAUUCGGCAGUGGGAAAAUCUAAUUUGCUUGCACGAUUUGCUAGAAAUGAGUUCUUUCCUAAUUCAAAGUCAACUAUAGGAGUAGAGUUCCAAACCCAAAAGAUUGUUAUUGAUGGUAAAGAAGUCAAAGCACAGAUAUGGGACACUGCUGGUCAAGAGCGGUUCAGGGCUGUUACAUCUGCAUAUUACAGAGGUGCUGUUGGUGCUCUUUUGGUUUAUGAUAUCAGUAGGCAUCAGACAUUUGAUAGUAUCGGCAGAUGGCUUAAUGAGCUCCACACUCACUCCGACAUGAAUGUUGUAACGAUACUUGUUGGUAACAAAUCGGAUCUCAAGGAUGCCAGGGAGGUAUCCACUGCUGAAGGCAAAGCCUUGGCAGAAGCUCAGGGUUUGUUUUUCAUGGAGACAUCUGCUCUUGACUCAUCCAACGUUGCUGCCGCCUUUCAGACGGUAGUGAAGGAGAUCUACAAUAUACUAAGUCGAAAAGUAAUGAUGUCCCAGGAGCUCAAGAAACAGGACCAUAGUUGGGUGGGGACUGGCAAGACAGUGGUCAUACAGGGAGAUGGGAGCGAAGAAGCAGCAAGUACAGAGCCUAAGAAAGGUGGGUGCUGUUCAUCUUAGAGCAAUACAACAAAUGAGGUCUGGAUGGAAUUUUUUGGCGGGUCUCACAUGCCUCUUCUUCCACUCAAGUUCCUUGCGUCCUUCUUGUCCAUUUGAUCUCAUUUUUUGAAUUUGUUUAAAUGUUUAUUCAAGGAACAUGUUUUCACUCUCUCCGGGUGGAAGAAAAGAAAAUUGAAGUAGAUGUAAAUGAUCUGAAGGAGGAUUACAAAGCUUAUACAAUGUUCUGUUUCUGUAAUGUGGCCAACAUACAGUUAUCACAGUUCAGAAUGCACUGUAUUUCUCACCGUUUCCCUUUUCAUCUGUUGAU